AUGGAACAUCAGCUUUUUCACCAGCCAUCAACCACGCCCGUGAUUGUAUGUAAGCUAUGUGAAUAUGGUGUUCGACCAAAAGAGGUUUCUCGCCACCUCCAAUCUGCUAAUCAUCGGAUGCCGAAGCCGAAAGCGCGCCAAAUUGCCGAGGCAGUUCAACAAUGGGAGCGUACGGCAGAAUGUGAUGAAUGGCAGCCACUAUUAGUGGUGAAUCAGCCUCUUCCCAAUUUGCCUGUUUAUUCAGAUGGCAUUUUAUGCGAGCAAGGCCCGAUGUGCCAGUUCGUUGCCCGGUCAAUUAGCACUAUGCGUGUUCACUGGCGUGAUCAUCAUAGCUGGGUAGCCCCUACAAACCGGGGCGGUCGUCGGCGGCAGCAUACUUCAUCAGCUGCGGAGCAACAAAUCCAGCAAUUCACUCGAAUCGUCCGAUGCCAACGUGCGUUUAAUCACGGGCUAGGGUCCCAUUACAUCCGCGUUCAAACCCUCGGAGCCGAGGCCAUUCCCGGGGCUGAUCUGUUAGCAAUGUCUGAUCAUAAUAGUCAGGUGAUUGAUCAGAUGGAAAGAGCAUAUGCCGAAAGAGAAGAGCUCCCCCAGGUGAUCGUGGCCAGCCAGCGAGACGAGACGAAUCCAUGGCUUCGGAGGACCCAGUGGGCCGUCUAUCUCCAGGGGAUCAACCCGCACGACCUAGUGGACUGUGUCCGAGCCCCCGAUCCCGAAUCUGUUGAUCAGACCGAGCAAGCUACCUAUGCAAUUUGGAAUUCAAUGGCCGCUGUGGCUCGCAUCAGCCAGUUGAUCUGCACCAAAACGAGCCACACUAUUCGGUGCGAGGCUGUUCGGACUGAGCGGGAUCGCCUGCCCCAUCAACCACUACAAGCAUAUAUGGAUGGUGAUAAUGUUAAGCGACACACGGUCCCAUGGCAGCAGAUUCUCAUGUUUUCCAAACGCCAGCGAGCGGCAUGGGCCACAUUAUGGAGACUAGCCCAGGCAGAGCUUGGUGCCUCACCCAUUGUAGGCCAGGGCAGAGCAGGCCAUUCCAACGCCAGCCAGGGCAGGGCAGGCCAUUCCAACGCCGGCCAGGACAGGGCAGGCCAAUCCAACACAGGGCAGGCCAACACAGGCCAUUCCAACACAGGGCAGGCUAACACAGGCCAUUCCAACGCCGGCCAGGGCAUUGAAGACCUGAGCAGUUCGGACCAAAGCAGUGUGCAUUCAGGAAGUGAUUCCGAGGACCAACAGGUCCAAAUCACUAGCGAAUCUCCCUUUCAGCUCACGCCCCUUGACUCCGCCUGUCUGGAUUUUUGCAUUGAGCUGUUAAACCACCGAACUAAGGUCGAGGACUAUGAGAGCGCGCUCAUCUGCGCUAGCGCGGUGCUUGGACGUGGGGAGGCAGGCUGGGGCACUGCCCAGAGCUAUCCCCCAAUCUUGUCAAAAGUGAUUAAGAUUGCCCGGUUUAUGGUGGUCCACAAAGCAUUAAAGCUAGACCCAACGGCCGAGAAGAUGAUCCACCAACUAGCUACGCAUCAGAUGGCUGGCGAAUGGGAUACAGAGAGUCCGUUAGAUUCGCCUGAUUUCACGUUUUUAACGCAAACAACGGACGAUUGGUUUUACAACGAUGACGGUGGCCUAGAUCAGGGGGCACCACAGUCAUCGCACUUUGUUCAGUUUAGCCAGGGCCACAGCCAGGGCCAGAGUGAGAGCAACAGCCAGAGUGAGAGCUACGCCCACACCCAGGGUUACAACCCCCCUCGGCACCAUAGCCAACGAUCAUUCCGGGAGUGGGUGACCGAGAUGGUCAGCCAGUUUAUGGUACGGGGCACCAAUAGCCCAAUGCAGUGGCUGUUAGAUCUACGCACCUACGGCUUAAAGAUCCAUUAUAACAGCACCGCCACAGGCCAUGUUGGCUGGAUGAACCAAGACCAGCUGUUAUAUCAACACUACAGUUUCACUAUGGGUGACUUCCGCGGCUUUACCCACGGCCUCGUAAGCUCCACACGCCAGAUACUACACGAAGAGCUCCUGUUUAGUCAGGCUAGCUCAGUUCCCACGAUCCCGUGGCAGGCUAUGUUUGAUGAUCCUACCGAGACCGCGCACGGGUGGAGCUUUCUAAAAGAUACUCGCACGGUAUGGCCUGUGGCCGGUAGCGAAUGGAUGGUGAAUCGGGUCCGAAACGAGAGACCACUCCAGCAUCGUUUCAUCGAGUCUAGUGCCGGCCGGCUCCGAAUGUCGAAUGUGCACAGUUAUCUCCAACGGGUAGUCCAUUUCCGCGAGAAACUAGCUAUUGCUAUUCACGUCAGCGGAGGCCAGCCUGCACGGGCACCAGAGCUGUUAAGCAUUCGGCACUACAAUACCGAUAGUGGAGGCCACAGGAAUGUGUUUGUCGAAGAUGGUCUGGUAGCGUUUGUUACGCAGUACCACAAAGGGUUUUAUAGUACGAACGACGUGAAGGUUAUUCAUCGGUAUCUACCCCGGGAAGUAGGUGAGCUAGUGGUUUGGUAUCUAUGGCUAGUGCUGCCGUUUGUGGAGAGAUUGGAGGCGUACACACAGAAGGUGCGCGGGGAGGCAUCUGAUGCUGAGACGACUGGCCCCCGUCGACAGGCAUAUCUAUGGUCCCCUGACCCUGGCACCGGCCGGCAGUGGUCCUCGGAGAGACUGAGAGAAGCGCUAAAGCGAGAAAGCACCAUUGGUUUGAACGGGCACGCCAUCAAUCUCCAUGCAUACCGAGACAUCGCCAUUGGGAUCAGCCGACGAUUCAUGCGGCCAUCGAGCAUAUUCCCCAAUAAUGCCCAACAGGACAGCCGGGCCGAGACAUCCCAAGAAGAUGACGAAGAUGGGAUCAAUGCCGAGCAAUGGAUGGGCCAUAUUGCCGAUCUCCAAGCUGCCCAUUCAUCCCAUGUGGCCGGGAUGAUCUAUGGCCGCGGGAUCACCGAGCAGCCCGGUACAACGGCCCACCGGCGAGAGAUGUUUCGGCUCAGCAGCACCGAUUGGCACCGCUUUCUAGGAUUUGUGUCCGCUGAUGACGGAGGGGCCGAGAGCGCAUUAGGGCUCGCGCAGCCUUCGCCAUGGCAAAAGGAAGCUGAGAUGAGCCGUACGGAGCGCCGGUGGCAGCUAGCCCAGGCCGCCAUCGAGCCUGAGAUGCAACGGAUGAUAGGUAACACCGGGCUACGGCUUCGAGGGGUGCAGGCACCGGCAUUAGCCGCCAUUCAACAGGGCCAGAGCCCAGUGGUGGCUGUGAUGCCCACCGGGGGCGGCAAGAGCCUGCUAUUCAUGCUACCCGCGUGGAUCAGCCCCCGAGGGGUAACGGUGGUCGUAGUGCCGUUAAUUGCACUACGGGGUGAUCUCGUCCACCGUUGCCGGCAGCUCGGCAUCGCAUGUGUGGAAUGGGAGAGCCGGCGGCCGGCCGAUCAGGCAUCUAUCGUACUGGUUACGCCCGAAUCAGCUAUUACGGAGGACUUUAUGACGUUUUUGAACAGGCAGCGGCUCGGUCAUCGGCUAGAUCGAAUUGUGAUUGAUGAAUGCCACGUUGUGCUAAAUGACCAAAGCCAAUUCCGGCCUGCCAUGGCCCAACUGGGCAGGUUGAUCGUGGCCCAGGCCCAGAUGAUAUAUCUUACGGCUACGUUACCCCCGGCAGCCGAGGACCAGCUAUUCCGGCGUUUACGGACUACCCGCGAGAAGGCCCAUAUGUUUCGAGCGCGGACCCAUCGGACUAAUGUUGCGUACCGGCUCUGGCAACCCAACGUGCCGAGUCGGUACCGAAACGGCUACGAUUGGAUCGAGCGUCCCGAGAUCGUGAGAUUCAUUCAGGACCGUGUUUGGCGUGCCCGCUGCGCGGCUGGCCGAGUGGUCAUUUAUGGGCCCACUACUAAGAUCGUCGAGCACAUUGCCCAGAUCGUAGGCAGUGAAGCAUACCAUAGCCGAGUACUCGAUCGUCCGGGCGUGCUAGCCCGAUUUCAGGCUCAUCCCACCGGGGUGGUGGCCGCAACCAGUGCGCUUGUCUGUUAG